AUGCAGCCAUAUCUUGAGCUAGCUUCUCUCGGCCUGAUCACCACCGCCACCAUCCCACUGUCCCCAAGAAUCUAUAGCACGAUCUUUCUUCAGGCCAUGGCUGCCAUGGCCUAUAUAUCCCUCUGGGGUGCAGCAUUGGCUGCCGUCCUCGCCCUUCUCCACUGGGUGUACAGGUGGCGCCACCCCAAAUCCAGCGGCACGCUCCCGCCGGGAUCCAUGGGCCUCCCGUUCAUCGGCGAGACGCUGCAGUUCUUCGCGCCCAACCCGACCUGCGGCCUCUCACCCUUCGUCAGGGACAGGGUGAAGAAGUACGGGAGCAUGUUCAAGACGAGCAUCGUUGGGCGGCCCGUGGUGGUGUCGGCGGACCCGGACGUGAACCACUACGUCUUCCAGAAUGAAGGCAAGCUGUUCGAGAGCUGGUACCCUGACACCUUCACCGAGAUCUUCGGCCGCGACAACGUCGGCUCCCUCCACGGCUUCAUCUACAAGUACCUCAAGACCCUGGUGCUCCGCCUCUACGGCCAGGAGAACCUCAAGGCCGUGCUGCUCACCGAGACCGAUGCCGCCUGCCGUGGCAGCCUCGCCUCGUGGGCAGCCCAGCCCUGCGUCGACAUCAAAGAAGGACUCUCCACCAUGAUAUUUGACCUUACGGCCAAGAAGCUGAUCGGCUACGAGCCGUCCGAGUCGUCGGAGAGCCUGAGGCUGAACUUCACGGCGUUCAUCCGCGGCUUAAUAUCGUUCCCCCUCAACAUUCCCGGCACUGCCUACCACGAAUGCAUGGAGGGGAGGAAGAAUGCGAUGAAGGUUCUCAAGGGCAUGAUGAAGGAGAGGAUGGCCGAUCCUGAGAGGAAGUGCGAGGACUUCUUCGACCACGUGAUCCAGGAACUCAGGAGGGAGAAGCCGCUUCUGACGGAGACCAUCGCGCUGGACCUCAUGUUCGUGCUCCUCUUCGCCAGCUUCGAGACAACGGCGCUCGCACUCACCCUCGGUGUCAAGCUGCUCGCCGAGAACCCCAAGGUUGUCGACGCGCUAACGGAGGAACACCAAGCCAUUAUCAGAAACAGGGAGGACCCGGACGCCGCCAUCACAUGGGCAGAGUACAAAUCGAUGACAUUCACGUCUCAGGUCAUUAUGGAGAUUGUCAGGCUCGCAAACAUCGUGCCGGGGAUUUUCCGGAGGGCCUUGCAGGACGUUGAGAUCAAAGGCUACACAGUUCCAGCAGGAUGGGGCAUCAUGGUGUGUCCACCGGCAGUGCACUUGAACCCUGAGAUAUACGAAGACCCACUGGCGUUCAACCCAUGGAGGUGGCAGGGCAAGCCUGAAAUCACCGGUGGAACGAAGCAUUUCAUGGCAUUUGGAGGCGGCCUUCGGUUCUGCGUAGGAACUGAUCUCACCAAGGUGUUGAUGGCAACAUUCAUCCACAAUUUGGUUACGAAAUACAGAUGGAGCACGGUGAAAGGAGGAAACAUAGUCCGGACCCCGGGCCUCGGCUUCCCGGAUGGUUUUGACAUCCAACUCUUCCCUAAGAACUGAAGCUUUUUUGACAUGUGGACGGUUUGGUCAUUGCAGCUGAGCACAAGAUUGUCUCUGCGAAGAUCA